AUGGUCCUGCAGCCCGUCUUCGGACUGCUCAGCGACCGUUGCAGUACUCGAUGGGGUCAAAGGAAGCCUUUCAUCCUCUGCGGCGCUGUAGCUGUGGCCGUGUCCAUCACUGGUCUUGCCUGGGCCGAGAACACAGCGUCGUUUCUCCGCAAGUUUUCUGCAUCACCGGACAUCGGAGGCGACUCUGAGCGAGUGCUCCGAUGCGUCUUGGCGUUCAUCUGGAUCUGGGUGCUGAACAUCUCCAUCCAGUCAGCGCAGAUGGGCAUCAGAACGUCCAUUGUGGAGUCGUGCUCUCGCGAGCAGCAAGGCCCGGCUACCGCGUGGAGCGGUGUUGCGGUGGCCGUCGGUAAUUUGUGCGGCUACCUCCUCAACACGCUGGAAAUCAACCGCGUUCCGAUGUUUGGCGCAAUGACGCCGUUCCAGAGUUUAAUCUUCGCCUUCGCCAUCUUGCCCGAGAAGCGGUACAGACCAUCACCGUUCUACUCCUGGAUGGCCUGGUUUCCCGUCAUGUACUACCAAACCAGAUAUGUUGCCGACCUUUACUAUUCCAGAAUGUAUUCUGAACAUCCGUGGAUGGGGGUGAGUGCGCUUGUCGGUGUUCAUGAAGACGGCGUGCGCAUGGCGUCGGGAGCGGCAGUGGGUUCAUAG